GACUUAUGUAUGCACUGUUGCUUUAAGAAAAGCUAUCACCGGGCUUAUUGCAACACAGCUGGUGCAACUGAAUUCUAAACUUUGGUUUGUAAGAGGACAGCAAAUUGGUCACAUUGAGGACUGAGAGCCAUUUUCUUGCUCAACCAAAUUCUUUUAGCCAUGUGGCUGUACCUGGCUGCCCUAGUGGGGCUUUACUUCCUUCGCCGAUGGUACCGGGAGAGACAGACGGUGGACAACCUGACAGAGAGAUAUGUCUUCAUCACUGGUUGUGACUCUGGCUUUGGGAACCAGCUGGCCAGGCAGUUGGAUAUUCAGGGCAUGCGGGUGUUGGCAGCUUGUUUUACCCAGAAGGGGGCAGAGCAGCUGGAGAAGGCCACCUCAGAGCGCCUGAAAACCACCAUUCUGGAUGUCACCAGCACAGAAAGUGUUGAGGCAGCAACCACAUGGGUGAAAGGAUGUGUGGGGAACAAAGGACUCUGGGGCUUGGUGAACAAUGCAGGCAUUGGUUCUCCAGCAGCUCCUGAUGAUUGGCUGACUAAGGAUGACUUUGCCAAGGUGAUAAAUGUCAACCUGCUUGGGGUGAUUGACGUGACGCUGCACAUGCUACCUCUGGUGAAAAAAGCCAGAGGGAGGGUGGUCAAUGUGGCCAGUGUGAUGGGGAGACUCGCGUGCUUUGGAGGAGGUUACUGCCCAGCCAAGUAUGGUGUGGAAGCCUUCUCUGACAACCUGAGGCGGCAGCUCCACCAUUUUGGGGUUUGGGUCAGCAUUGUUGAGCCUGGCACUUUCAUUACAGACAUUGCAAAAAUAGCAGUGGAGGAUUUUAAGAAUAUAUGGAGUCAAGUGCCUUGCAACAUCAAAGAAUCCUACGGACAACAAUACUUUGAGACCCUUUACAGGUUUUUCCAACAAAUGAUCAAGAAAGGCAGCCACAACAUCUGCCUGGUCACCAACUGCAUGGAACAUGCCCUGACGUCCUGCCACCCUCGCACACGCUACUCCGCAGGCUGGGAUGCAAAGCUCUUCUACAUUCCUCUCUCCUAUUGCCCUACAUCGGUGGCAGACUACGUGUUGACCUGCUUUAUGUCCAAGCCAGCCCAGGCACUGUAGAUUAUACCAUAGCAGCAGCAUUGCUAUUGUUGAAAUAAGAGCUUCCCCACCUCUGGCAACUUCUAAAAAGGCACCCAAGACAUAUUCACCCAGGCUUUUAAUUAGAUUUAUAGAUAAUUUUGAAUGUGGAGUUUUAAAUGAUAAUGUUAAUGAUUGUAAUGUUUAAAUGAAUUUAACUUUUGUACUUUUUAUUGAUUUUAAUUGUAAGCCGCCCAGAGAUGCAAGUUUUGAGUGGUAUAGAAAUGUUAGAUAAAUAAAUUUAAAAAAUUGUCCAAACAAGCCAAUAAACUGCGGAAGGGACAUAACUCUAAUAAUGUUUUUUAAUAUCCUAAACAGAUGCAUCAUAUGUCAUCAAAUAAUUGGUGUGAGCUGGUGUGGGGUAGUGGCUAAGUCUGAGCUGUGGAUCCAAAAGCCCCUGGUUCAAAUCCAUGUCUCUGCCAUGUAUCCACUAGGUGGCCUUAGGCAAGCCAGUGCACCCUAGCCUCGCUCCCCAUCUGGAAUGGUGAACAAUAUAACUCACAGAGUUGACUGAUAUGGUGCACAGUGUUAUGAAGGCACAACGCUGCUCUGUGGGGCUGCUGUGGACUUGAAAGGCAGGGUCCAGCGGUUGUACACACAGUGCUUCUGCAGAUCUCCCCACAGGCCUGAAUGAGGAGGACAGAUCUCCCCAGUGUCCUGAACAGCCUUUCAGUUCCUCAGAAGGCCUGCAGUUCAAUGUUACACCACCGUAACACUGUGCAUCGUGUGGGCCAUGGUUACAAAUAUUUAACUGGAAAGUGCUUCAAACACUCAAAAGUACUAUGCUACUUAUUGCACAGCCUUGAAGAAAAAACCUUAGUUUAUUUUUUCCAUUUAUUUCUGAGAGAGUAGUUCAUACAGCUUUGUCACAUUUUUGCCCUAUUCACCAGCCACAUAGUCUACAAAUGAUAGAUCUAGAAGCAGUCAUUACUGGUAUGUACAUGCAGUCAAUGUCAAUCAGUAUUUCCCAAAAGGCUGACAUUUCUGGAAGGAACUGGACUGAUAUGCAACAAGCACCAUCUAUACUUUGGGCUCACAAGAGCCUUUAAUUGCUUCAUCUAUUUCUCAUGGCAUAUGUAUCUGGCUGGAUAUGAGGGCUGUUGAUGCUACUGAGUGCCAACAGUGAAGGCAUCUGAUGGCAGCAGGAUUACAACUAAACAAUCUGUUGCCUUGAGAUGAAGAGUCAAUGAACUAUGCAUGGACACAUCUCUGAAGAAGCUCCAGCCUUAUUUGCUUGGGGCAAUUUGGAGACCUUGGUUCACUCUCUCAAAAGGUGUGUACUUGAACAACAAGAGCUAUUCACAGACAGUAGCCAAGAAACAUGAACUAGAAGGGUUCACCAAAUCACAACUGUACCCAAGCUGAGAACCAAAGAGAUUAAGAAAUACUCAUUUAAUACUUCAAUAAAGAAUCAUUAUCACAAAAUAUAACAUAGUGAAAUUCUAAAAUAGCAUGUAACAUUGUUUCCACAUAAGAAUUCUCAUGCAAAAUUUAAAAUGAAACUGCCCAAAUAGUGAAGUUCUUGUGAAACCCAAUAGUAACUCUGAAUCACAAUCCUUCUUAUUUCUGUUCCAGUUUGUUUUCUGGUCUCAGAUCCUAAUAAACUUAAUUUGAAUCAAAUAGUAAAAUAUUUCACAAUUCUUAUAGAGGUCCAAUAAUCCAAAGCAAUUUGUCCACGGUACAAGAUGACAAUUUACAAGUCCACAUAUGUAGAGAAGAGUCAUUGUAUGAUUCUGAUUUUCAAACACCAAUUCUUUUCUGGUUCUUAUCAGCCAUACACAUAUCAAUCCUCCUGGGUCUUCCUCAGUGGCCCACUAUGAAUACUUUUUGUAGAUAGUCUACAAUAAAAUCAUAUCUUAAUCUAUGUAUAUAUAAUCUGUAGAACCAUAUCCAAUCCAACAGUAACUGCCCAUGUCUGAAGUAACAAUUGUAUUCCCUUCCACUGACUGGAUCUUAUAUUAUUCUUUGGUGCAUAGCUGCACUACCACUUGUAAUAUUGUUACAACUUGUUAUAGCUUGUGCUGCGCAAUUAAUGUAAUGCUUAAGCAAUCUUGCUUAAGCAUUACAUGAAUUGUGCAGCACAAGCUAAAGUAUUAGUGAGCUGCUGAAAUCAUCUGUUAAAAUAGUACAAAUAUGCAUAUUGAAAUCUGUGUUGCAGGCUUGAUGUGUACAACUAGUAUAAAGUGCAAUAAUAAAGGAGUAUGUCUGUCUAGGGUUCAUAGAAAGUCUUACACUUCUUUCAUUAAGACAUGCCCAGUACUGGUCCUUUCAACUUCAGACAUCACUGUCACCCUUCAGCAGCAUAAUGUAAUUCUUGCAAACUUGCAAGAUACUCCACUGUGAUAAAAGAGCUGAAUACAGCCAUUAGAUCCUUCCUGUCUGAGGCAAAUUCAAGCCUGAGGAUAGAAGCAGCUUGAACAGGGUGCUUUCCAGACUGCAAGCUUACGCAUGGGAGGAAGUGGUGUACGAUCCCACGGCUUAGUAUGAUAGUAGUCAAAGCACAAAUGAAAGGAAAUAAAUGUUUUAAUGCCUA